CAUCCAACAGCUGCCACCUAAGGGUGAUGGAGGUGUCCUCACAGGAUCCAUCCCUCAUGGCUAUGGACCUGUCAAAGAGCUACAAUCCCCUGACCCGCAGCCACACUGAAGCCAUGGACCUGGCAAAGAAGCCAGAGUGGUACCACCGACGCCCGCCGAGCUGCAGCACAGACAUCGCCUCCUCAUACAGAUCCAGAGCCUCGUCAUCCUACAACUCUCUCUCCACGCAGCCAGGAGCACUUGUCCACUGCAGAGACAUGGAGCAGGGCCCUGAGACUUUAGCGAAGGAACCGCUCAUAUGCAGUUCUUUCAUCCAAGACAGCGUGAGGCACAUCGUGGAGCCUCUGUCCCCGGCUGUGUCCUCGCUGGAUGAGGGGAGAAGUUGCUAUCACCUACCUCAGCCGCUGAGCUCGCCCAGCCCUGACAGCUCGUACUCAGACGACUCCUCAGACAGCUCAGUGGACAUUCCCGUUCAUCACACCAGGCCUGUAGUCCUCCUGUCAGACCUCAGUGCUGUUUACGGCAACCCGGCUGAAUCUCCCGUCGACAUUUCCAGCGAUGACAGCGACGUUAUCGAAGUUUCAGUCACUAAUGAAAAGAAGAAAAGCCACACCUGUCCUUACAAGAAGAAUGUUCCUUGUAAGAAGAGUCUGUUGAGAGAAACUCCCCCUCAGAGUGAGGCGGAAAAGGAUCCACCUAAAGAAGUGCGACGUAGUCCCAGAAUCAGAAAACCUGUCUCUGAAAUGCCUCAGUUUACCUGCAGUGUGUCUCGCCACAGUUUGAGGAGACAGGUCAAAAAUGAUGCGGUGGGUAUCUAUAAUGAAAGUUGUGAUUCUGAUGACAUGAUGGAGUACGCGGUGAGGUUGUCCAGCCCAGAGGCAGACGAGCCGGUCUCACAGCAGAAUGUGUCCGAGAGAGUGAGCAGUAUUUCAGAGGAGUCUGAUGUGGACGAUCGGACAGAGAAGAAAUCAGUGCAGAGUGAGCAGCAGCCUCAUAACAGAGCUUCGUACGCAAAGAACAUCAAACGAAAGAAGCCGCUCACCAUUCAAAAAACGAAAAAGUUAAGACGAACCAAACAAAAGCAAACGCACAGAAUCCCCCCACAGCAGCACCAAAAGGCUUCAUCGUGCAGGAGUGUAUCAGUAAACAAAAAAACGGUCACCAGACGGAAGAGUAAAAAGCGAACUCAGACGGGACCUUCUGCUCUGUUUUCUCCCAGAGAGCCAGAAAUCAAGCUUAAAUAUGCAAAGAUCAAAGGGGAUAAAAAAGACAAGAAGUCUGACAGUUUUUGCCCCUUUGUUCACGUGGAGCAGAGGAUGUGCACCGUUGUCAAUUACAAAGAAGAGGAGGUGACAGUGCGGAGCAGCAGAGGAGGACAGCAGCAACCAGCUGCCAGGUCUCUGUCUGGAUUUGUUCCCAGUACGUCCUGCUUCCAGCUGGGUCGGCUCAGCUCGGAGAGCAGGUGUCAGGCUAUGCUGCUGUGCUGCCUGUGCGGUCAGACGGCCAACAUCACAGGCCUCGGGGACCUUCAUGGCCCUUACUACCCUGGCAGCCCGUCUGUGGACUGCCAGAACUGCAAGACUGAGCAGAAAGAGGAAGAGAACUUACACGGACUCGCUAAUAGCCAUUCCUUUGCAUGA